ACCACGUGACCGUUUUCAUGGCUCGCCUUUGUGACACAAAUCGUGAUUUUCGAGUCUCUCUAUGGACAAUAAUGGGAGAAAACUGACAAAGACGCAUAUUUUACGAGGCUUAAACGGAUGUAUUCUAUUGUUUUGUGGUGUGGUUCUUUCGCAUUUCCGGGAAGAUAGGAGACGCCGCCGUUGUUUAGUUUUUAGAACGGGUUUUGUUUAUCACAUCUCAAUUUGGUUGGUGAGUAGUUAUCGAGCCGUCGGUGAUGAGUGGUCCCGAGGUAGCGAAGACGCCGGGGGGCAGGGCGCCGGGGAAGGAAGGCAUGGAGGCUGUAGCCAAUGGCCAUGCAGGAGAGUGUGAACAGGGAGGAGGCGAUCCCUUCGCUGAGUACAUGUGGAUGGAGAACGAGGAUGCGUACAACAGACAGGUUGAAGAGGAAUUGUUGGAGCAGGAGUUCUUGGAGCGUUGUUUCCAGGAGAUGUUAGAUGAGGAGGACCAGGAUUGGUUCAUCCCGGCCCGAGACCUCCCCUCAGGGAUGGGGCAGCUCCAGCAACAGCUCAACGGCUUGUCAGUCAGUGACGGAGGAAACGCAGAGGAGAUGGCGCCUCAAUUUCUUAGGGGCAUGGACCCUACAAGGUGUCGAAAGCGUUCCACAAGCAUACUGGCCCAUUUGAACUCCAAUGCUUCCCACAGUUCUCAAGUUGGCUCAAUGUACUUUGGGUGGUGUACCAUUCUUGAUACACUCAGCUACAUCAAACUCAGUCCUCAGGACCACAAGGGGUGCAGGUUUUAGUUUUUUGCCCUAUCACUACACAGCUGACUCAAAUAAUCAUCACACUGGGCUCCUGAGGACUGUUUGGGAAUCACUGAUCUACACGGCUUGAAGUGGAUUUAACAAUUGACAUAAUGGAUCAGACUGACCAGGUGAAUGCUGUCAUUGAAAGAGCAGGUGUUCUUAAUAUGUUGUACACUCCGUGUAUAGCAUACUGCAUUUUGAUCCGUUUUGAAGAAAAAAGGAAACAUUUCUUGGAAAGGCUGACCUUUGGAUGUUUCAUGACUAGAAAUGGAAAGAGAGAUUUUUAGAGACUAAGUAACAAUAGCUUAUGAUUAUAGGUUGAGGCUAUACUGGGUUCUCACUGACAUCGUCAUUCCAAUUCAAUCAUUCCAGUUCAAUCAGUCACAAUCAGCUUUGGUAUUGACAUCAGUGAGCAGGCAUUCAGAGUGAGGUGAAAGACAUUGGUAGGCCUACCAACAGAAAACAUUGAAAACAAAAAUUAUGAAAUUCAGACCACAGAAAUCCAAUGUUUAUAUAAAAUGUCUGCCUUUUCCCCUACAUUUUAAAGUCUGAAUCAAUUUAAUAUUAGUGGACAUUCUUGGGCUCGGGUAAUAUUUCAGUCCCUCUGACUUCUAUUUUAUUUUGGGUCACCAAAAUGAAAUGUUAAGAGUUUUUAUAUAUAAAUUGAAAUAUCCAGUAUAAUGAGUUGAACUAAAUAGCAUUAAUUGAAACUUUUAUUUAAAAUCAUUUUUUAACUGACAUGAAGAAUUGUCAUGUCCACUUAAUAUUAAAAUGUGCACAUAAUUAACUUUUUUGCCAUUAAUGCAAACAUUUAUUUUGUUUAAAGUAUUUUUUUAAUCAAAUAAAUGCAUGAUUAUUGAUUUAAAAUCACACAAUUUUAGCACUGUCCCUCAGUCUACACUCAACCCUGUCACGCCAACCAAACUCCAUCAAUAAUGUCCACCCUUGUGUCAGUCCACCCUUAUGUUCCAUCAUUAACAGGAAGUGACAUUUUUCAACUGAAUGGUACAGAAACAGGCAAGUUCUGUUUUUUUAAAGUCCGAUGGGGAUCGUUGAGCUGACCAACUCAACCCUGUUAGAUGAAAUAAAGAUGGAAAACGAGUACUUAUCAAUGUGUAUUUUCAUGGGUAGAAGUGUAAAUCUAUCAAUAUCAUGCACACGUGGUAUCCUGUUUUUCUCCACAUGAAGAGCAGAGGCCAUUUGAGCCAAAAAACUCAACCUGCCACGUUUCAUUGUAACAGGGUUGUUAACCUGUGACAGGGUUGAGUUAUUUAUGAAUAUUGCAUCUAAACAAAUGAAUUAUUCAAUAUUAUACAUAGUUUAUAUUCACUUAUGAAACAUGCUGUAAUGUUCCAUGUGAAUUUUAUUUUAAAGCAUGUAGCCUGGUGGUAGUAGAGUUGGGCAAGACUUCGGUUGUUCUUUUUAAGUCGCUCUAGAUCCUAAAUUACUCAAGGAUUAUAGUGUAUAUAUUCUAAGAAUCUUUGCUUUAACAUUAUUCAUUGAAACGUUUAGGGAAUGACGGCGCCCACAUCAGCAGCAGAAAAACCAUGAUGCAGUGUCAAGCACGUCAAAAUGCUGACCCAGAAAAAAGGGAACCAAUACCUUGAGAGAGCGCGUCAGAGAUGGAAAAGAAAGGUUGAGGCAGGGAACAAGAUAAAGAUCAGUGAUUUAAGUGAGAGACCAGUCUAAACAGUGGAACAGCAUACACAAGAAGCAAGGAGAGGAAAUGAGCAUGUGCGAUGGAGAUGAUGCCAAGCCCCAUUGACAGCAUUGCCCUCCACCUUGAGAAUACAUCAGGUCAUCAUCCUUGCUCCUGGUGAGCUGAUGUCUCGUGAUGUCAGCUGCCUUUGUUAAACAAAGAAGGGCCUAAACUAUACAUGCUUUAACACACAUCACUUCAAUUUCAGGCAGAAGGUCCUGGCAGCUCCAGAACAGCCAGCAAAUGAGGAAAAUCCACAACCUCUAGACGAAAUCCAGUGGGGAAAUCCAAGUCUUCUUGGGUAGUGGUGUGGAAUAUGAUAACCUGUAUUCAGGCAGGCAUCAUCCUCGGCACGGAUAGAAUGAGUGUAUAAGUGAAAUGUAUGCAUCGUGUAGGACCAAACAGAUUUGCCUGGCCUUCUCAAGUCGUCAUCCACUGGUGUCAGUUGGAUGAAGGACUUGAUCAAAUUUGUCACAUGCGCCGAAUACAACAAGUGUAGACCUUACAGUGAAAUGCUUACUUACAAGCCCUUAACCAACAAUUCCGUUUAAGAAAAUGUUCCCCCCCCCCCCUCAAAAAAAAAGAGAGCAGCAAUAAAUAACAAUAGCGGGGAUAAAUAUACACCGGGGGUUGCCGGUACAGUGUCAAUGAGCGGCGGCACCAGUGUCGACGAUUCCAUCCCCACAGCGUGUGACAUCCCGCCUCGUUGAGAGAGAGAUGUGUGGGCCAGACUCUCAGGAAGAAAACCAAGUGAAUGAAUAUGGUGCUCCAGAGAAGAGUAGUCAUGCUGACACUAGUGCUGUAGUUAGCUGUUCUAGCAUUCUAAACGCCCUUGGAAAAUGUUCCUACAGUUUGACACGUUGAACUUUUCUGAUAACCUGUUGAAUGUUAAUUACACUAAUGUGAUGUUUUUGUUUGUUUAGAUAUUUACUGCAGUUUGGUUAAUAAAACCCAGAUUAUUGUAAAUAUAUCUAAUGUCCUUAUUACGUGUUUUUUGUUUGUUUAGAUAUUUACUGCAGUUUGGUUAAUAAAACCCAGAUUAUUCUAAAUAUAUCUAAUGUCCUUAUUACGUGUUUGCAUACACUGAAAUGCAAUGUUUUGGGGUAAAUCUUGGAGGGAUUUUGAUAGUAAACUAAUUUAUAUGGAAACCGAUGUCUCUCUGACCCUUUCACAGUUUUCAACCCUAGUCUCAACCCUGUCAAAUGACAAUAUUUGGUAAAUAAAAUGGCAAAGAAUAAUAUGAUUUUAAUGUUUUCUGAGCUCAGUCUGAAAUGUUAAGCACAAUGUCAAGAAGAUUAGUUCUUUCUGAAUUGAAAGCAUUUUAUUUAUAUGAUGAGCUCGAUGAUGUGUAUUUCAGGGUUUAAUAUAGUAAAUUUGAGGUUUUACAUGAAUUGUAUAUUUAUAAUACUUGAUUUGGGGGACACAUGAGCAUUAGGUAAAUGUUGCUUUUAUAACAAGUAUAUUUUUAUACUCAUAUUCAGACAACGUCCAUAUUAUCUGUGACUGGGUUGAAGAUAAAUGGUGUCCAUAUCAGACACAAAUUGACAAUAAAAGGGCUUUAAUGCCAGAGUUGGGGGAUAUGUUUUCAUGAAGGUUUAAUAUGUACUUAACAUUGUGGGGUGUUCAGAAAAUGCAUUUUCUCCUAAAAUAUAAAACCGCAGCCCAAGAAUGACCCAGAGGUCAAAUGGAUUUUGUAAUGGCCUAUGUCGUUUCAUUAUGAUACGGAAAAUCUAGGCUAUUUCAAAAGAAUAGAAUCCCUUAUUGAGUUGACCUUAAUGGCUAUUAUACUAAAGAUCUAUCCGAGGUUCAACUUUGAAGGCAAGGGCAUCUUUUUAAAAAAUGUUUUGAAACUUACCUCAUGUCUUGGUAAUUAGAAUGUAGUCCAUUUGUUUUGAAAUCAGUAUUUGUCAAUCUCUCCAAUUUGAUCCCAUUUUCAAUCAAAAAAUAUGCAUGAGAGAUUCACAAGACUAACAUUGUAAUAAAAUUAAUUACAAGGAAAUAAAGCUUUUAUUUGUUGAAACAGGG